UCGAUCGCAGUGCAGCUCGGACGUUGUUAGUGACUUUGGAGCUCCUCCGCCCGACAAAAAUAAGCUUUUCUUUGUGCCGAUCCGACGAACAGCAGCCAUGCCUUUCGGAAACACGCACAACCAGCUGAAGAUGAAGUAUUCCUCCGAUGAGGAGUAUCCGGACCUCAGCAAACACAACAACCACAUGGCCAAAGUCCUGAUUCCCGCUAUGUACGAGAAGCUGAGGAGCAAACAGACCCCCAGCGGGUUCACGCUGGAUGACGUCAUCCAGACCGGGGUUGAUAACCCAGGUCACCCCUUCAUCAUGACUGUGGGCUGCGUUGCUGGAGAUGAGGAAACAUACGAUGUCUUCAAAGAUCUGCUCGACCCUGUGAUCCAAGACCGACAUGGAGGAUACAAACCAACAGACAAGCACAAGACCGACCUGAACUCUGACAACCUGAAGGGAGGAGAUGACCUUGACCCCAACUACGUCUUGAGCUCCAGAGUGCGAACUGGCCGCAGCAUCCGCGGCUUCUGCCUGCCUCCACACUGCAGCCGGGGAGAGAGACGCGCUGUGGAGAGACUCUCCAUCGAAGCUCUGGCGUCCCUCACAGGAGACCUGAAGGGGAAAUACUAUGCCCUGAAGGACAUGACUGAGGCCGAGCAGCAGCAGCUCAUUGAUGACCACUUCCUGUUUGACAAGCCUGUGUCUCCUCUGCUGCUGGCCUCUGGGAUGGCUCGUGACUGGCCUGAUGCCAGGGGCAUCUGGCACAACGACAACAAAACCUUCUUGGUGUGGGUGAACGAGGAGGACCACCUGCGUGUGAUUUCCAUGCAGAAAGGCGGAAACAUGAAGGAAGUGUUCACACGCUUCUGCACAGGUCUCACCAAGAUCGAGAGCCUGUUCAAGGAGAAAAGCCACGAGUUCAUGUGGAGCGAGCACCUGGGCUACAUCCUGACUUGCCCAUCCAACCUGGGCACUGGCCUGCGUGCAGGUGUGCAUGUUAAGCUACCCAACAUGAGCAAGAACGCAAAGUUCGAGGAGGUCCUUAAGAGGCUGCGGCUCCAGAAACGUGGAACAGGCGGCGUGGACACCGCUGCAGUCGGUGGUGUGUUUGACAUCUCCAAUGCUGACAGACUGGGCUUCUCUGAGGUGGAGCUGGUGCAGAUGGUGGUGGAUGGAAUCAAGCUGCUGGUAGAGAUGGAGAAGAGGCUGGAGAAGGGCCAGUCCAUCGACGACUUGAUGCCCGCUCAGAAAUAAAACCACCCCGACUGCAAACUGUCACAUCCCGCUGUAUAUUCUGUCUCUGUUCUGACAUUCACUCUGUAUCGCAGCUCAUUUGUUUGUAUUUAAGACGACCGCUGUAUGACACUGGAAGUGAAAUGAAUUGACUAAAUCGGCGGCAGCAGACGUGUGCAGUGAGUUUUGUCAGGUUGGUAGUUUUGUUAAAAUGUUAACCUGUAACUUCAGAUAACCUGGUUUGGGUCAUUCUGAUGGUGAAAUCUGAGCAGGGUAAAUGUUUCACUUUGUUCAUUGUAAACAUGUGAUGGGAACUUGUCAUGAAAAACACUGCAGGCAAAAAUUAAAACUCUUCAGGA